AUGACAGUAUCAAGCAAGGUUUUAGUAUUAGGAGCAGGAUGUUUCUGGGGAACAGAACAUGUCUUUGCAAAAGCAUUUGCCAAAAACAAAGGUUUAGUCAGUAACAUAGUUGGUUACGCCAAUGGCAAUGAAAAGUACCACGGAGUUUCGUAUCAACAAGUUUGCAGUGGAAACACUGGUUUUGUUGAAGUCGCCAAGUUAACAUAUGAUCCAGCUGAAUUGUCCACUGAAUCUAUCCUUGAUCUUUUCUUUAGGAUGCACGAUCCUACACAACUCAAUUCUCAAGGUCCAGAUGUCGGACAACAGUACAAGUCGGCCAUUUACUACACUGACGAGGAACAACACAAGGUUGCUGAACAAUUGAAGGAAAAAUACCAAAAGGAAUGGUACCCAAACAAAAAGAUUCAAACUGAAAUUGCCCCAUUGAAGGUGUUUUAUGAUGCUGAAACUUAUCACCAAAAAUAUCUUGACAACAACCCAGGUGGAUACGAAUGCCCUACGCACUACAUUAGAACCGAACCACCCCGUCAAGGUUGGUUUUAA